CGUCACGUCUCUGCUUCCAAGUAUCCUGCAUCAGCCAGCGAGGACUGUCACCUACUAUGGCUUACGGAGUGGAAAGAGGAAGACAGUGAAGGCUGUCGUCGCUCGGUUUCUCCGGCUGCACAAUGGCCUUUGGGUCAGGAGGCAGGCUGGUUAUAAGAAGAAACUGUGGAAGAAGUCAGCUUCCCAGAAGAAGCGUUUGAGAGAGUUUGUGUUGUGCACUAGAACACAGUGUAAACUCCUCGAUAAAAUGACCACUUCCUUCUGGAAAAGAAGGAAUUGGUAUGCAGAUGAUCCCUACCAGAAGUAUCACGACCGCACAAAUCUUCGUGUGUAG